AUGCUUAAUGAUGCCAGUGACGUUGAAGGCACUUCUGAUGCAUCUUGGAUUAUAUUGAUUUUGGAUGCCAGAACACAGCAAAUCCUGGCCCCUUCAAUUGACAUUGACGAAUUGCGUUCACGGGGAGUUGUCGACCGCCUUGUAAAUUUUAUCUCUUUGGAGGAGGAUCUUUUUUCUCUUGGACUUGAAAGCUCCUUUACGAUCAUGUCAAAAGCAAUUGCUAAUUUGCACGAUGAAUCUGUCAUGAAGCUCGUUGAAGACUGCUCAAAUGGCUUAUUAUCUGUGGCCGUAACAUUUGGUAGUUUUAUUCCAUUUUUAUUGCCUAGAAAUGGCGAAUCUCGCCAUCUUGCCGCUACAAUGCGGGUCAUCUGCAUUUGUCAAUCUUUUGGUCCGACGCCUUCAAUCGAAAAUUCGGGACUUUUAUUUGAGUGCAAAGAAUCGGCGGCCAAAAAUACCGAUUUAAUUUCGCCUCUAAGACAUAAAUGGAGCUAUGGAGCGCUGGUCCAUGAUUUUUUCCCGGUCAGGCUAAAUAGAAUUCUCUCGCUUGGAAAAGAAGAGUCCGCCCAGCUACUACUUUCUUGGAAGGAUCCCAUUUGGAAACAUGCAUCGAGGCUUUCUUUUCCAGAUGCUUGUACGCUUUUCGGAGAUGAAUUGCAGACGUAUCAAAAAGCAUAUGCUCAAAUUUCUGGAGGAGAUGGGGAUGAAAUCGAACCGCUUCGAAAGGCUCUUGAGGAGAUUCCAGCUCUUCGAGAAAAAAAGCAUUGGAUCGACACACAUUUGUUGCUGGCAUCUGCUCUCCUUCCACAGAUAUCCCAAAGACGUCCCGACCUUUUUCGAGAAUUGGAAACUGCUCAGCCAUCUGCUAAUAUUUCACUUCCUGAACUCGAUCCCAUUGACGAAGGUGAUAGAAUUCGGCUUUUGCUUGUCGUUUUUCUCUCUUCAGGAAAAGACCAAAGGCUGCUUCCAUUUUUAAUAGAAAAGUUUAGCCUUAAGGAAUCAGCAUCGCUGGCAAAGGCCCUUCAUGCUAUUGUUCCUGAAUUUACCAUGGCCUCUUCAUUAUCAGAUUCUACUUCUCCAAACGCCACCCCAAACGACAUUCCAGAGCAGAAAGUAUCGAUCUUUGAGACGCUUUCCACGUCUGGAAAUGUGGUAGCUUCAUCUCGCAUUGCAAAGAUGGUGAUGCAAGGGAUCCAAAGAAUUUCCAACCAGGUUUUAUCGCCCUCUGGUGAUGAUGAUGCUUUGAUGCCAAUCAUUCGAUAUGUAGAUGCGGCUCUUCGUGGAGAAGGAGAGUCUCGAAUGCCAGUGACAGCAGGUAGCUCAAUGUUGCCAAAGCGUCUGGUUGUAUUCGUAGUUGGCGGAAUUGCGUAUGACGAGUACCAGAGCCUCUCUGCUUUUCUUGCCCGAAAUUGGCCAGGCAUCGAGGUUGCUAUUGGUGGAACAUCUCUAUGCUCUUCGUCGGACUUUCUUGCCCAAUUAUAUCAGACUGGGGGUAGGGAUAGUGAGACCCACCCAAAUGCUACCUGUUCGUAG